AAGCUAGAUUAGUCAAUGAACAACAGCUCAAGUUUACACAGCAUUUUGUUUUUUCCUCCCACAGAGGGCGUUGGAGGCUUCCUAGCCAGAUUCUCUCGUUCCGAGGAGCGUGAUCCUGACAUUGACGUUCUGGAAGAUCUUCAGAGGGCAAUGGAACAGAUCGACGAGGACGCAGUGACUGUGCAGGCUGGUAUACCCACCGAGCUGGAAAGUGUAGAGCUGGAGCAGCGUGUGGACUUUGAGCUUCGUCAGAGCAACCUGAGCAGUACCUACAUCUCAGCGUUGACCUCACACAGCUCCUACUGGACCUCGGCUGACCUCUCCUUGUUCAUGCUGACCCAACUCUUCCCAGAAUACCUUGCCACCGCAACUGCUCGGUUGUAAUGAGCAGUACGUACACCUCAGCGUUGACCUCACACAGCUCCUACUGGACCUCGGCCGACCUCUCCUUGUUCAUGCUGACCCAACUCUUCCCAGAAUACCUUGCCACCGCAACUGCUCGGUUGUAAUGAGCAGUACCUACAACUCAGCGUUGACCUCACACAGCUCCUACUGGACCUCGGCUGACCUCUCCUUGUUCAUGCUGACCCAACUCUUCCCAGAAUACCUUGCCACCGCAACUGCUCGGUUGUAAUGAGCAGUACCUACAUCUCAGCUUUGACCUCACACAGCUCCUACUGGACCUCGGCUGACCUCUCCUUGUUCAUGCUGACCCAACUCUUCCCAGAAUACCUUGCCACCGCAACUGCUCGGUUGUAAUGAUCAGUACCUGCAACUCAGCGUUGACCUCACACAGCUCCUACUGGACCUCGGCUGACCUCUCCUUGUUCAUGCUGACCCAACUCUUCCCAGAAUACCUUGCAACUGCAACUGCUCGGUUGUAAUGAGCAGUACGUACACCUCAGCGUUGACCUCACACAGCUCCUACUGGACCUCGGCCGACCUCUCCUUGUUCAUGCUGACCCAACUCUUCCCAGAAUACCUUGCCACCGCAACUGCUCGGUUGUAAUGAGCAGUACCUACAUCUCAGCGUUGACCUCACACAGCUCCUACUGGACCUCGGCUGACCUCUCCUUGUUCAUGCUGACCCAACUCUUCCCAGAAUACCUUGCCACCUCAACUGCUCAGUUGUAAUGAGCAGUACCUACAUCUCAGCGUUGACCUCGCACAGCUCCUACUGGACCUCGGCCGACCUCUCCUUGUUCAUGCUGACCCAACUCUUCCCAGAAUACCUUGCCACCUCAACUGCUCGGUUGUAAUGAGCAGUACCUACAUCUCAGCGUUGACCUCGCACAGCUCCUACUGGACCUCGGCCGACCUCUCCUUGUUCAUGCUGACCCAACUCUUCCCAGAAUACCUUGCCACCUCAACCGCUCGGUUGUAAUGAGCAGUACCUACAACUCAGCGUUGACCUCACACAGCUCCUACUGGACCUCGUCUGACCUCUCCUUGUUCAUGCUGACUCAACUCUUCCCAGAAUGCCUGCCACUUCCAGUACUCGGUUGUAAUGUCAGUUACGAGGUGAGACAUCAUACAGUAUCCAAGCAAAGAGUAAAGAAGAGAAAUUUAACAAUGUGAGAAGAACAUGUCACCAUCCAAUAUACCAUGUUCAAUUUGAAUAUUGCCUAGUUCCCUGACAUUACACUUGUCCAUGUAAAGGAUGUCCCCCUAGUCAGUUACACAUUUGCAAUUUUAAUUUAGACGCAUGACUUCCUAAAUUACACGCGCAUCUACAUUUAAAAUCUAUUCAAAAUAUAUCAUCAAAAACUUAAAAUCUGAAAACACUGUUGCUAAAACUUGCUUUAUCGUGUGACAUUCAUCUUCAACAUUUCAGAAUCUGGAAUUUUUGUGUAUUCUUGUGUGGUUUGUGUAAACUUUGUGUUGUUUUGUUCAUUACAGUUUUCUAUUUUUCUACGUGUAGUUGGUGCCUUUUGUAAAUUGAGCUAUAUGACUUUAAAGUGCAUCUUUGGUUUUGUCUUUCUGAUUAUAUUUGUCUAAAUUCUAUGUGUAAAACAUAUUUUUUGGUUAAGAGUUAAUAAUUAAAGAGUAACUAUCAAUUUAAAUAAUUUAUAUUGCCUUAAUUUGUUUCACAUGCAGUUGAUACUUAGAAUUAUAGUUGUACCUGUGAUUGCAAACUACAAUUAACUUAAGGUGCAUGGGUCAUUCUAUAAAUUUGGGGUCCAAUUUUUUUCCUGUUCCUGUUACAUCUGAUACCUAUGAUUUUAUAAUACCGAUACAGACAUCCUCCAAGAGUGAUUAUGAAUAGCAAACUACCUACCUAACAAAUAGGUGUUUUUUUUAUAGUUAGUCAUUUUUAAUGAUACUUGAAUGACAAAUUAUGUAGUACCAUGGUAGCAGGGGCAAGAAAAAAUGCCACACUUUUGACUCUAAAUUGAUAGCAUGGCCCAUGUGUAUUACUACCAUUUAAAUUAUGUAAAUUCCUAUUUGCACCAUGGCAUUUAAUUAAAUUAUUCAUGUCAUUAGACAUUCAUUAAUGUAUUUACUCCAAUCUUCUGCUGUUUACUGAGGGGUAACUUUGCAAUAUGUACCCCCGACAUUUUGAACCUGUCCACAUUUAGACAGGGUUUAUAUUGAUUUAAUUAAGAUGGAUCCAUAACCAUGGCUUUUGAUGUUGCAAUGUCUUGUUGAUUAAUCUUGACUGCCAAGUCAGUUUUCUGUGAUGAACUGUAAAUAGCUCACAAAAUGUUAAAAACAAAGAAUUGGAAAUCUCUGUCAAAAUUUUCAUGAGUGAAUAAGGAUGAACAUUUUAAUUUCUAAUUUUGUUCGAGUGCUCUCAAAUCCUUUCAUUCCCGCUUUGUUUGUCGAUCGAUGUAAAGGUUUCAAGGAAUUCCUUUUGGAGUGAUCCACACGUGUCAGCUUCCAAGCCUUCAAUUUCGAGAACAUUUUAUUGAAUUAUGAAUGUUGUGUGCUGAAAAUCUAUUGUUUCAAUAGACCAGACUGCAACCUCGUUCCCAGGGUGUCAAGCAGUACACUCCCACCACUACCCGCUCUCUCGCCCUGGUAUUGGAUCAUUUGCAUAUCAAACAUUUUUGGAUACGUAUGCAAAUGAGGAAUAGUCUGGUACCUGCCUGUGCGUUACAUCAGGGUUUGUUUUUGUGUGUGGUGUCUGGGGUAAAAACACAAUCAAUUCAUCGCGGCGUGAGUUAUGAAAACACGAUUUGUUUUCAAAGUUGAAAUGUUACAGUCUUAUCCAGUCAAUAUGCAGUGUCACAGUUAAUAUUAAUAUGAGCAAAUUGGAAAGGAGAGGAUAAUUUUUUGAGAAGGUGUGGACGUAAUAAUUACAAUGAACGUGAAAACACGUAAUACACUGUGGAAAUAAGAACACCAAGUACAUGAUAUAAAUCCAUUUCUUGCUAAAUGCGGUAUCGAAUCAAGAUACAGAAAGCAAGUUCCCAUCCCAGGGCUUACUAUUGGAAACGAGGUUGAAGCCCUGGGGACAAGGUUGACCAGAUUGAUUUAUUAAGCCCUGCCCAAUGGUAUUCUGACCAAUCACAGCCUUGAUGAAUGUCCCACAUGCGUCUACAAAAGUCUAACAUGUGUGCACGCGCGCAUGACGCUCGCAGCCGGAACAUGCUGUAAUACAGCAUUGUAGAGGCGCUCGUGUGCACAGUGACUGGGGGCCUAAUGUAUCCGUCUAUUGUAUGAAUUGAUGAAUAUUUUUUAUGAAGUCUGUAUUGCACUGGGAUGAAGUCAGACCUAUGAAUAUGACUGAGAGUGCUUCAGAUAAAAUUGAUACAACUCAUUAUUCUAUUUAUUUGUUUUGAGCUGCUUAAAAAAAAAUGGUGGAGCAUUGAUAUACAUGUAUGUAGUUGCAAGGUAAACAAAAUAUCUUGAUUGGUACUAGAAGGGAAACCUUGAUUGUAUAAAUUUGCUGAAAUACUAAUCCAAAAUUAAUUCAUAUAUGUAAAUAUAAAACUUUGAACCAAUGCAAUAUUGCAAAAAGAAACUUUUCAUGACAUUUUUUACAGUGAAAUUUCUGGGGCCAUUUUUAGUGUAAGACAUAGUGUAGAUAAAAGUACUUUCUAAAUUUCGUAGAGUUUUUCACUCGGUAACAUAUUCUUAAUUCUCGACAACGGAGGGCUUUCAAUUUGUACAUUUUUCAUUUAUUUUGUAGAUCAACUGUUAUAGUAAUUCAGAAUUAGUCUUGUCAACCCUUCCAAAAUCCUCCAAAAUUCAAGUGUACAGUAAACCAUUAGCAAAAUGUUUGCACAAUUAUCAGCUUGGAAAAUCAU